GAGCGCACGUUAGCCCACUUCACCCCAGAGCAGAUGCCCAUACUCCGUAUCUAGCUUCCACCUAACCAAACUCAUUUUCUCUUCUGUGUCUGAAAACAAAACCAAAAUACCACCUGCGUCCCCAAUAUCACUUCUUCUCUCUCAAUUAGGGUUUGCGUUUUUACACUCUCUCCGACACCCCCCCCCCCUCUCUCUGCUUCUCCUCGAUCCCUCGCGUUUCAAUGCCUGCCAAAUCUUUCAGCAAAAUCCAAACAGUGCCAAGCAGUUCCACUUUCGAGCAAAUUCGGCGUUCGAUUCAGUUCAUAUCAGUUCCUCCCCUUAUUUGACUAUAGGGCCCCUCCCAUGGCGCCUAGCCGCAGAAGGGGCGUCAGUAAGGCGGCGGCGGCCGCCGCAGCUUGCCGCCAGUUUCAAGUCGGCGAUCUUGUACUUGCCAAAGUUAAGGGGUUCCCUGCAUGGCCUGCCACGGUAAGUGAGCCGGAGAAGUGGGGUUACUCUUCUGAUCGGAAGAAAGUGCAUGUUCACUUCUUUGGAACCCAACAAAUAGCUUUCUGCAAUCCUGCUGAUGUGGAAGCAUUUACUGAGGAGAAAAAACAGUCUAUUCUUGGAAAACGUCAUGGAAAGGGUGCUGAAUUUGGUCGUGCUGUUAAGGAGAUAAUUGAAGUUUUUGAGAAAUUAAAAAAAGAGACUCAGCUUGAUGAAACUGGCUCUGGUGGUGAUGUUGCUAAUGCAGAUGUUUCAAAUCCUGUUAACUCAUCUGCCAAGUAUCAGACAGAUGCUCCUGAGUUGGCACAUACAUUACCAAUGAAUUCUUCAAAUUCUAUUAUCAACAAACAUGAGGUGGUAUGUGUAGCUGAGGAUGACUCAGCCGCUGUAUUUAAAGAUGAAUCUCAUAAUAAGGAGGCAAUGUUGGGGGAGCCUGCUGAUAAGAUUGCUGCCGUAAAAUCUCCCAAGCCAGUUACUUACUCUUCUCGAAAAAGAUCUAUGGGUGACUUGUGUCUGCAGGGCUGUGUAACAGAUAGACAUACCUCAGUACGAAGGUCUAGAAAUUCAUCACGUGCCCAAAACUGUGUGUUGCCUUGCAAUGACAAUGGAAAGAGUGCUGGUAACCCAUCAACUACUGCAGCUCAGAGUGCAUGUACAUGUAGGAAUAGAAGUGUCAGGAAAUCAUCUGAUCUUUUUGGCUGUGAUGAUUUUGAGUCAUCUGCUUUUGUCUUGAAUGGUAGCAUGGAGGACAACAGUUCCGAAAUUAUCACAACUGAUUCUGAUACAUUUAGCUUGAAUGAGGGUAGUACAAUGGAUUCAAAUUUUAAACUUGAACUAUCUGAAGCUAUUGAUUGUCCAGAAAUUGAGUUGAACAAAGGGCUUGAUCUUGAAAUAAAAUCUGUAGUCAAUAAGAAAAAAAGAAAACCCAAUAGGAAGAGGGCAGCUAAUGAUGCUUCUAAGCCAACCAGUGGGCCAGAGGAGGAGAUUGGUGUGCAGAAUGCCAGUCAAAGUUCACAGAAUAUUUGUGGAAAUUCCAAAGAAAGAUGCUUUGAACAAGAUGGAGAUGAACACUUGCCCCUUGUGAAACGAGCAAGAGUCAGAAUGGGUAAAUCAUCCGUUGAGGGAGAACUACAUAGCACUCUCCAAUCUCAAGAAAAAAAUUGUAAGGAAGAUACUAACUCAGCGCCGCAGAUGAUCACAUCCUCAAAUUGUGAGAAUAAUAGCCCCGCCGAUGGAGACUCAUCUUUGCUGAAUGGAGCUUUGGAUAAUGUUUCUCCAAAAAUUUCAGUUCCAUGUUCUAACACUCAGAUUUGUAAUGCUAAGAAAGAUCAAACCUUCAGCUCUGUGGAUGUUGAAGCUGCUUUACCUCCAUCUAAACGCCUCCAUCGUGCUUUAGAAGCCAUGUCAGCCAAUGCUGCUGAAGAAGGUCAAGCUCAUUUGGAAGCAUCCUCCUCCAUAAUGACAUCAAGUGGUAUGCGCUGUAUAUCUAAUGGCAAGAGAUGUCCGAGUAUGGCCAUUAAUAAUCAAGAAGGUAAUUGUUUAGAGCCACAAAAGUUGGAUACUUGCAACAUUGAUUCUUCUCAUAUCAAAGUGUAUGGUUUCUCAAUCAGUUCAAAUCCAAUGAUUUUUACAGAGAAUAAAUCACCUAUCCAAGUGGGUAAGCAAAUGACCAAGAUACAAAAACAUGAAACUGGCAAGGAUGUUCUCCCAGGUGCUACAGAUCAAGUUGGUGGAGAGCUUAGUGAUCAUAUGGUUUGUCAGACAGCUAAAGCAGAUUUAAAAAUUCAGUCAAAUGGACAAAUUUCUUCUAAUCUUGAUUCAAAAUUUUGUGAUGUUGGAAGCAUUCAAGAUUCACCCAAUCCAUCAUUACCGGCAAAUGGUGAAGACAACAUUAGAACUGUGAAUAAUUCAAAUACAGCAUCUGAUGGAUCAGAACAUAAUGGAAUAAGCCUUGACCCUGUAAUUGGUGAGAAGGAAAAUGAUGCUUCCUUACCUCAUAAUAUUGAUGUGCCUCAGAAUGAGGGUGCUGUAUGUGAAGAUACAGAAUGCUUGAAGCCAGCAGUUGUUGAUAUUGGCACAGCAAAUGAUAUGCAUGAGAUUGUGAAUGAUGCAAAAUGUAAAGGUCCAGAGGAGGAUAUGAAUUCUGUCUCAACAUCUGAUGACCAUUUGGGUGAGAAUGGAAUUUUGGACAUUCGGUCAAGUCCAUCCUUAACAGAUGGGGGAGAUUGUGUUCCGCAAGGUUCGCCUCCUACUACAUCUAUUUGCAAUGUUUCGACAUCCGACAGUAGUAAUAUCCUUCACAAUGGAAGUUGUAGCCCUGAUGUACAUUUACACCAGAAACAAACUGUAUCUGGUCCUGUCGAUGGUAGUAAAGAUGGGGAUGUGGCAACUCAACAAUCAAGAUGUAUGGGUAAGUCAACUGAAGCAGGACGUGCUGCUUUGUUGUACUUUGAAGCGAUGCUUGGGACAUUGACAAGGACAAAGGAAAGUAUUGGUCGAGCAACACGCAUAGCUAUUGACUGUGCAAAGUUUGGUAUUGCAGAUAAGGUCAUGGAAAUUCUUGCCCAUUGUCUGGAAAUGGAGUCUAGCGUGCAUCGGAGGGUGGAUUUGUUUUUUCUUGUUGACUCUAUUGCACAGUUUUCUCGUGGUUUAAAAGGUGAUGUAUGUGGAGUAUAUUCAUCUGCUAUCCAAGCAUCCCUUCCACGACUAUUAUCUGCUGCUGCUCCUCCUGGAAAUACUGCCCAAGAAAACCGGAGGCAGUGUCUCAAGGUUUUAAGGCUGUGGUUGGAGAGAAGAAUCCUACCAGAAUCCAUUAUUCGCCGUCAUAUCCGGGAACUGGAUUUAUAUAGCAGUUCAGGUGGUAUCUACUUGCGGCGAUCUUUGAGAACAGAGAGGGCUUUGGAUGACCCUGUUAGAGAAAUGGAGGGCAUGCUUGUUGAUGAAUAUGGAAGCAACUCAACUUUUCAGCUGCCUGGGUUCUGCAUGCCCCGAAUGCUUAAAGAUGAAGAUGAUGGAGAAGGGAGUGAUUCUGAUGGCGGGAACUUUGAGGCUGUCACACCGGAGCAUACACUUGAAGUAUAUGAAAUGACUUCUGCAAUUGAAAAACACAGACAUAUUUUGGAAGAUGUUGAUGGUGAACUUGAAAUGGAAGAUGUGGCUCCCUCGAAUGCAGUAGAAAUGAAUUCAAUUUGUAAUGUCGAUACAGGAAAUGCCAAGCAGUGUGAGAAGAAUCUGCCUCUGUCCUUUGCUCCUCUACAUCAGGAUGUGCGAUCUUCUUCCCCACCCCCACCAUCAUUCCUUCCUCCACCCCCACCACCUCCUCGUCCUCCACCCCCACCUCCUAUGUCACACCACAUGCCGUCCACCUCUGAUCCAUAUGACACCGUAGUUAAUUCAAAAGGUUGUACUGUUUCACAGACUCUGAAAGACAACCCCCUUCACUCUGUGGCUCAGCCCAUGGCUGCACCAAGGCAUAGCCAACCUAUCAGUGAUGCAGUGCACCAUCUGGUCCCUGAAUACCGAGAAAUGCAGAUGCACAUGCCAGAAUCUACUUGCUGUUUCAACAGUUUUCCUGUGCCACCCCCAGACAAUUUUCGACAUACUGAUGGUGUUACUAUGCAUAAUAAAGGAUACUCUAUACGGCCACCUCAACAUGUGCCAUCCAAUCAGUUUUCUUUUGUUAAUGGGGAACAGCAUGUGAAACAUCAAAGGGAGGUUCCACCACCCCCUCCUUACUCCAGUAGUCAACACUUUGUGCAGAACAUGGAGAGAGAGAACUUCUAUAAUAAUCAUGAGAGAUUAAGGCCACCUCCUUAUGUUUACGAAGAUAGAUGGAAUGGUCCUGCAUCUUAUCCCGGUCCUCGGUAUCAGGAAAAAGGUGUGCCUCCUCCUUAUGUUUGUCAUCCAUGUGAAUCAAGUAGAAUACCAGAUCAUGGGUGGAGAUUUCCUCCUCGGUCUAUGAAUCAGAGGAACUCAAUGCCAUUUAGACCACCCUUUGAAGAUGCAAUUCCAGUUGCAAACAGAGGUCCGGGCUUUUGGCGGCCUAGGUGAUCAGAAAAUUCCCAGAAACCAUGGCUGGUAUAGCCCACUUUUUGGGCUGGGCUCUGGUCUUGUUUAGGAAAAGGUGAUUUAUGGUCCUUCAUUCUUUACAUGCAAGAAUCCUUGGAGGGGGUUCGGCGGAAUCUGCACAGGACAUGUGAAUGAUCUGCUAGGUUUUGUACAUAUGUAUUAUAGCCUCUUCUGCAGAAUGCAGGGCAGGAAGUGUAAUCGUAGAGUUUUUGGAGAGGGGUGACCUAUUUAGGUUGUCAUGUGUCAAAAUUUUUUUGCUCCAAAUUUUAUAAUUUAUUUCAUGGAAGCCCUUAUAGAAGUUAGAUGAAUAUAUAUAUAUAUAUAUAUAUAUACAAAUUUUCAGGGGAUGUUUCUUGAAAUUGUUCUCUUGAUAUUUGGAAAAACUUCCUCUAGCAUUUUCGGUCAACUUUGAUUCACUCUUUAAAUGCGUUGUUUCCGCGUCGAGUGCAUGGUCUUAGUGGCCAUCAACUAUUGGGAUGCUUGGGGCCCCUCUCAUAAAAACGUGCUGGCCUAUGGCAGUGGUUUGUUAGAGUUUGUAGGUAGAGUUGGCGUGUUCAACUGUGAUGACAGCGUUGAGAAUGAUGAAGGGUGCAUGGCUAUCUUAAUUCUAAAUUUCCAGUUAUAACGUGUAAUACCACUAAUAUUCCUUUGUAUUUGGGAUAAUUGUCUCUACAAUGCCAAAUUAUAUAAAAAAGAAAGAAAACUUUGAGAAUUU